AUGGACAUAGAACGAUGCUCCAUUGAAAUUGGAGAUGGUAAGAUGGACAUAGAACGAUGCUCCAUUGAAAUUGGAGAUGGUGAGAUGGACAUAGAACGAUGCUCCAUUGAAAUUGGAGAUGGUGAUGAUGACAUAGAACGAUGCUCCAUUGAAAUUGGAGAUGGUGAUGAUGAGCUGGAACGAUGCUCCAUUGAAAUUGGAGAUGGUGAUGAUGAGCUGUGUUUGUCGGAGGAUGAUGUACAGUCUACACUUGGACUCCCGCGUGGCAAACUCCUUGUCGUAGAGGGCACUUCCAGUAAUGAGACUGAAGGAUUCAAUGCUUUGGUCAGGGAUUGGAGACUGAGAUGGGGGGUAGAGAAGGGAACCCCAACAACCACUGAAAUGCUAAACAAGAUUGUCGAGAGACAAGACAGUGGUGACAUGUUCAAGCGUGACUUUGUCAUCUUCGUGGUUACAACACUGAUAAGGGGCUACAAGAACACCUUCUGCAAUUACAGGAUUCUAUACUCACUACAAGAUGUGAGUAAAAUCAAAGAACUGAAUUGGUGUGCUUACACCAUAAAGAGCCUGCUAGACACUACAGAGGCCUGGAAAUCAAACAAUGAUUCCUCAUACAAUGGCCCUGCAACUUUCCUAAUGCUUUCUUACCUUGAUCGAGUUCAGAUCAGAGGGCUUGUUCUCACACAAAACCNUCCAACCAUUAGAGAAUGGACAACAAAAGACCUUAAAGCAACGCUUAAAAUGCAUAGGAAGACAGGGAAGUAUGGUAGAGGAAAAGUGAUUGACAGAAAGCCAAUGCUUGAGGAGGAAGUGACUCAUAAACCAAUUGAGUCUGAAACUGUGCAACGAGUUACUGACUCCCUGAAGAAAAUGAGUUCUAGAAUUGCAGAGUUUGGAGAAGUCAUGGUUGGAAUUGGAACCAACAAUUCAGCAGCUGAAAUCAUAAAGAACACUUUUGUCAACUUCUCCCACACUGUCAAUCCAACACCAAGUCCAAAUCCAAGCCCACCGGUCCCACCCGAGAGCCUGCUAAAGGAUGAUGAUGUCUUCAAUGAGCCAAGCUUCUUAGAGGCAGUCGCUGAACUUGAAGCUGCAUUCUAUGCAACCAUGAGGAACAUCUCUCCUGAAAUCCAUGCACCUUCUUUCCAGCUGUUAACUCCGACACCAUCACACCACAUUCUGAAGAUCAACAAGCAGCAACAACAUCACCAGCAGAAACAACAGCACCACCACAUGCAGCAGCAACAGCAACAAAAUCACUAGCAGCAACAUUGCAUGCACCACCAACAGCAAUCCCAUCCCCAAGAAAGCGAUCACAAAGAGGAAAAUCAGCCCAGCCUACACUGGAGAAGACCCCACCACCAACAACACAGAGAGAACAACAAAGAUAAGCAACAGCGUCUCCAAAAUCUCCCGAGAUAACAACCAUGCUGGAAUCAUUGGUUGAAAAUAUUUCUAGAGUGCCUACAGAGCAACAACAAGUAGCCCCAUCUACUUCAAUACCAUCUGCUACAACAUUGCUGACAGAAACACCAACAACACCAAAAACACCAGCUGAACUUGAAUUUGAAAGCAUCCUUGCAGAGUCUGAAGAGGAAAUUGAAGAUGUCCACACAAAGAAAAGACUACAAAGAAAGUUGAAACAACUUCCUCUGGCCUUACGCUCACC